AUGAUUAGGACCACGUCCAUAUCCGAAUCGGAGAACAGCUUCUACAAAAAUUUUCUGAAGUCCCGAGAUAACAUUGCCGAAUUCUACUUGACUUUCAACCAUGCCGUUGAAUUUCAGCAGAAUAGUAGAACAACGUUGGACUACCACGAUGCCACUGCCCUGCCCAUACUGGCCACUACCCUGCCCACGCUGUACACCGACAGUAUGUUCAAGAAAAUACAAGAAGAAAUUAUAGAGGGUAAUGACAAAUGCCGCGUGCUUGGAUUUUCAUCUACAGAAAUGGUUGACACCUACAAGCUUGGAGAUAGCAAUCGCAAUUCAUAUGUUGUCCGUCAUGAUAAGAAUGAUGACUCAUACUCGUGCGAAUGCAAACUAUUCGGUAGGCAGGGUUAUUUGUGCAGUCAUAUCUUUUUUUUGUUCCGGAACAAUGAAGUGAAAAAAAUCCCAGAGAAAUACUGCGAAAGCAGAUGGAUGAAGACUCCCUUAGCCAAGGCUGUACAUGGGGAGUUUCAUGAUGCCCUGCCUACCAGGUCCAUCGUUGCCGAUAGGCAAACUGUGUCUAAGCAGGCGAUUUUAAUGUUCUAUGGGUUUCUUAGACGAUUUGAGACCGACAUUGAAGUGCUUCGUGCAUUCGUAGGUGGUGUGGAAGAACUUGGCAAUUCUCUCCAAGCUGGUACUCCGUCAACGUCCGCCCCUGAAAAGAGGCCGAUGAUUGAAGAGUUUUAUGGUAUGGUAAGGCCUGAAGUAGUUGAGGUCCAUCCUCCGGAUGUCGUGAAGACCAAGGGCCACGCUAGCAGCUCAGCGAGCCAUCUGAUUUCGAAGAGAGAGAAGGCUACAAAGGAUGCUACUAGGCCUCUAAGACGGUGUAAGGUGUGCGAUGAGAUGGGCCAUCACGACUCUAGAAAUUGUCCAAUGCUUAAAGAGAUGGCGAUGGAGAAAGAGACGCGGAAGGGAAAGAGGCCAGCUUGA